GGGUGUAGCUCACUGGUAGAGUGAGUGAGUACCUGGGUUCAAUCCCCAGUACCCAUACCCCCCCAAAAAAAAAUAAAUUAGAAGAACAGCAAGAGACAAAGGAAAAUAAUUUGCAUCUGUCCUUAAUCUAUCACGAAAAUCCGAGGGUUUCCUAUGUGUAUCAAAAGGUCGGUCCUGUUCAAGUGUGCCUUUCUCGGCGUCUGCUCCAGUGUGGCUGGGGCCUCAGCUCCGUGGGUUUAGUUGUCACCGUUUCACCUGUGAAUCACUGUGCGACCCACUGUGCUUCUAUGCCAGCGUGUAAGUCUCUUGGCUGCUGUGUAGGUCAGAGGAUAGGUUGCAGGACGCGGGAACUUCCAGGGGCAUCGGUGGUGAGCGUCCCGCCCCCAACCCUGCCCUUUCAUCCACCCCGCGGCCGCGCUGGCCAGGCCGGGUCCCCCACCCUCCCCGGCCGCACGGGCCCAGAGCUCUGGUUCGCAGUUAGCCCGCGGGCCCUGGGCCUGUUUCUGUCUAGCCGUAAGGCCGAACAGGCCUGUUCGCGGAAGAGAGGGUUUCCCGCGGCGGGACCCCGGCCCAGGCCGCUGCGACUGGAGCGGAAGUGACGUCGUAAGACGUGCCCCUCUUCCGCCGCCGGCGGCGCUUGUCAAAGCUGCUUAGCCUGGGUGGUCGUCGAUCUGUCCUUUCUUUGAGAUACUCGCGUGAAACGGAGUGUCCGGGUGUGGGAGUGAGGCGACAAAAGACAGGUCUGACCCCGGCCUCGGAGGAGCCUUGGUGGAAAGGCCUCGCCCGCUCCUCUCCUGCCGCCGGGGCCGCGAGUCCUCCCGGCGCGGCCAGGUCCGAGAGCCGUCCGGUGGCUGGUCCCGGGAGGAGCCGGGUCGGAGAGUGACCUGCGUCGUCGGUGACCGCGUGCACUGAGCUGCCCUCUUCCGAAGAUUCCAGAGAACCCUUUUUUUCCAGAAGGAAAAAAAUUUUUCUUCUAUCGAAUCAUAGAUUCUGGCCCCGCGUCCUCCAUCCCCAAGGACCUAGCGAUUCCUACACGUUCUGGAGCUCUUUCUAGGGCCCCAAUCUACCUUCAUGAAGAAAAGAUAGAGACAUCAAGGAUGUUGACUGACUGCCUGACAAAUUAUUAUCAGCACUUGGUGACCUUUGAGGAUGUGGCUGUGGACUUCACCCAAGAGGAGUGGAUUUUAUUGGAUCAAACACACAGAGACCUAUACAGAGAUGUGAUGCUGGAGAACUACCAGAACCUGGCAUCAGUAGGAUGUCAGCUCAUCAAACCCAGCCUGAUCUCUUGGUUGGAAGAAGAAGCAGAUUUGUGGGCAGUGCAGAGAGGAGAUCUUGAAGAAUGUGAAAUGAGAUUUUGUCCCAGUGAGUCUGUGCUUAAGCAGGGGUUUUCAAGGGGACAAACCUUCACUGGGAUACACAUGGGAAGAAGCAACAGUGUUGGUGAACUCUGUGACUAUAAACAACCUGAAGAAGCCUGUCAUGAACAUAUAUUUUUUAAGAAACACAUGAGAGUUCAAAAUAUAGGGAGCAAUUAUGAAUGUGAUCAGUAUGGAAAAGACUUCCUUACUCUGCACAUGAAAACUUCUAUUGGAAAGAAACUUACUGAGUUUAAUGAAUGUGGAAAAACCCUCAACUCAACUCCAAAUGUUGUAUGUGAGAGAACAUGCACACAAGAGAAACCCUUUGAUUGUGGAGACUGUGGGAAGGCCUUCAUGAAUCGGUCAUACCUUCAGGCCCUUAUGGGCACUCACAAUGAAGAAAAACUCUGUGAAUGGAAUGAAUAUGGGAGCAGUUUUAUUAUCUCCACAAACCUUGCUGUGCAUAUAGAAAGUCUCAAUGUAAAAAAUCCCUACAGAUGUAAGGAAUGUGGGAAGAGUUUUAGAUACCCUGCUUACCUUAGUAAACACAUGCGAACACACACUGGAGAAAAACCCUAUAAAUGUUCAGAAUGUGGGAAAGCUUUCGCUCAGUACUGGGGCCUUUCUCAACAUGUACGAAUUCACAGUGAAGAAAAGCCCUAUGAAUGUAAGGAAUGUGGAAAGUCCUUCACUGUUUCUUCAUACCUAACUAAACAUGUAAGAAUUCAUACUGAAGAAAAACCCUAUGAAUGUAAGGAAUGUAGAAAAUCCUUUGGAAAUCCUUCAUACCUUAAAAAGCACAUUCGAAUUCACACAGGAAUAAAACCCUAUAAAUGUAAUGAAUGUGGAAAAGCCUUUACUCAGUCCUCAGGCCUUACUAAACAUGCACGAUCUCACAGUGGAGAGAAGCCCUAUGAAUGUAAGGAAUGUGGGAAGGCCUUCACUACGUCCACUUGCCUCAUUGCACAUAUAAGAACUCACACUGGAGAGAAGCCUUUUGUUUGUAAAGACUGUGGGAAAGCCUUUGCUAGAUCUUUUUGCCUUAUUGAACAUAUAAGAACUCAUGUUGGAGAGAAACCCUAUAAAUGUGAAGAAUGUGGGAAAGCCUAUACUGCUUCUUCAGACCUAAAUAGACAUGUAAGAAUUCACACUGGAGAGCAUCCGUAUAAAUGUAAGGAAUGUGGGAAAGCCUUUGCUCAUUACUCAAAUCUUUCUGUACAUCAAAGGACUCACACUGGAGAGAAACCUUAUGAAUGUAAGAUAUGUGGGAAAGUCUUUACAUAUUCCUCAAGUCGCAAUAAUCACUUACGAACUCACAAAGCCCAAUAACUAUAGAUAUUUAAGGAAUGUGGGAAUGUUUGUUUUCUAUAUACCUUAAUAGUUACAUGUUAUUCCACACUGGUGGAAAGCUGAAUGUAAACAGUGGGACAAAGCCAGGUAUGGUGGUGCACACUUGUAAUCCCAGUGGCUCAGGAGGCUGAAGCAGGAAGCUCGAAAGUUCAAAGCCAGCCUCAGCAACUUAGCAAGGGCUUAAGCAACUUGGUGAGACCCUGUCU